AUGUAAAAUGAGUUAGAUUAAAUACACAGUCCCUUACUAAAAAAUCAUAGAGAAUCAGAACAGAGAGCUUAAAUGAUAGAGAUGCAAGUCUUUAGGAGUUUGAAUUAGAAUGAUUUAGAGAAACAUUAAAAAAAAGAUGAAAUAUUAGAAAUUGAAUCAAAUAAAUUAUAAUAGAUAUUGGAAGCAAAAAGUUAAUGGAAAACACUUCUAAAAGGGUGGAAGAAAGAUGGAAAUAAAUAAUAGUAAAAUGAUGAUAAUUAUUUUGGAUUUUAAUAUAAUAAAUUAUUAGAAAUCUUUGAUCUGAAUUAAAUAAUUAAGGAAGCUCAAAGCACUUUAUAAAAACAUGAUCAAGAGAAGGACUUGGUGGAGAAAAGAUUGAAAAUUCAGAUUGAGAAAUUAAAUUAAUUGGGAGGUAUUUAUGGUCUAUAAAACUUUUUGAAAACUUGUAUUAAGUAGGGUUUGGAUGAUACGAAUGAUUACGAUCUGAAAAUGAGAGAGAAGUAUUUUGGUAAGAAUGAGAAACCUCAAAUAGCAAUAAAAAGUGUACUACAAAUAAUAAUUGAAUAAUUUCAAAAGGAAAGAUUGUUUUAAUUAUUAUUGAUAAUAACAACAAUAAACUUAAUAAUCUAUUUCCAUGAGAAUGUGUAGAUUUACUCUUUGUACAUAAUAAUGUUAGUAAUAAUGGUUGUUUAUAAGGGAGUGAUAAAAUAAUAGUAUAAUAAGGAGAUAGUGUAGCAUUAAAAUGAUAUCAAGGAGAGGAGUAAACAUUUAAUAAAGAGAUGUAACGUAUUAAGAAAUGGAGACGAUUCGAUAUAGAUUCAUAAUAGUUAGUUGGUGGUUGGAGACAUUUUGAUCUUCAAACAAGGAGAUUUCAUAUAAUGUGAUGGUAUAAUUACAAAACUAUCAAAUUGUAAUGGAAUCGAGGUGUUGCAACCAUUCCCUAAUCUUUUUAACACUCACGAGGUUAAAAACGUAGAUGAAGUAAAAGAUUUACAUGUUAUGCAUGAUGAAUAGAUGCAGCCUAAUAUAAGUCUGAUUGAUAAUUUCAUUUUUGCUGGGUCUCAAAUAAUAAAGGGAUCUGGACAAUUAUUAGUAUGUAGUGUUGGGUAGAAAUCAUCUGAUUACAUAUAAUACAAGUAGUCCUUUUUAGAAGACACAAAAACAGAAAAAUAAAGAACAACUUAUUUGAAAUAGAAUUCUAUGUAUAAUCCUUUUGCUUUUAAGAUUGAAUCACUCAUGAACAAAAUUGGGAUACAAUGCAUCAUCAGUCUACUUAUUUUACUGAUUAUAUUGCUAUUCAGGAAUACUUAUUUAAUUAAUAUUACUCAAAUUCUUUUGUAUUUGUCAUAAUUAUCAAUAAUUACAAUACCAUCUUAAUUACUCUAAUUGAUAAACUUGUUUAUGAUCUAUGUAAUAAAGAAAUGCAGACAAAGAAGUAUUUAUAUAUAGGAUUAUUUAUCAUUGUAUUGGUUGGGGUAAGUGAAUGAAAUAAUUAUUGACAAAAUAGAUAACAAAGUGACAAUGUUUAACAAAUCAUAAAUAAAUAUUAGAUAUUUCACCCAAUCGCAAUUAGAGGAUGCAUAAGAAAUAGCAAUUCAAACAGAUCUUGUUAAAGAGGAUGAAGUAAAUGAUAGGUACAUAGAAGGGAAUUUGUUAAGUAGUAGUUUCGAAUAGAAAAACAAAUUUAUGUUUCUAAGCAGAAGACUAGUGUGUCCAACUUUGGAUCACUUAAAAUUAGAAAGGAUUUAGUCGAGUAAGACUUUGGAAUGGCUAGAAUAGCAGAAGUAGAAAUUCCAAUUUUAAGGAAUUGUUGAUUAAUAAAAGUUGUAUGAGGAAAUUAAAAGUAAGAACAUUAUCAUCGGAGGGAAUGCUGAUAGAAAAGAGCAAUUGAUAAAUUUACUUAAACUCUAUGACAAAAUUAUAUUCAUUAAGGGAGAAGAAAAUGAUGGCAAAGCUAUGGAAAUGGCACAUGUUAGUAUUGGACCUCAUGAGUCUAGAUCAUGCAUCAAACUAUUUAAUCAUCUAGAGCAAAGCGAUCAUAGUUACAUAUCAUCCAUGUAUGAAUGCAUCAGUUAAGGAAGGGCAGUUUAUUUUUACAUUCUGUCUUACUCUUAUGCUUUGGCUUGCACUUCAUAAACCAUCAUGAUCUUUGCAAUCUCUUCAGCCAUUUUAUCUGAUGACAUUUUUAUAAUGCCAAUUCCAACCUUCAUCAUCUUCUAUCUCACUUUGAAUCAUUUUUCUCAUCAGAUUUAAAAACAAUGCAAUUAGGAUGUCCAAACCUACGUAAUGCAUCGAAGUCCCUAUACUAAACAGGGUAGAAUUAUUGAUAGACAUACAAUGAGGAAACUAUAUAAAUUGCAUUCCAUUUUAAUUGUUGAGCUACUUGUUGCUUCUUACUAUGGCUAUUUUCAAUCUGUUUAGGAUAUCUAUAUAGGAUUAUUAUUUAGCAAACACGUCUUCAUUAUGGUUCGACCUAUUAAACAGGUGUUACAACAAAUUGAAGGCAUUAUAUAUGGGUUAUUAAUCAAUCUAAUCAAUUAAUUCAUAACUUAGUCAAAUUAGGAUUAUCAAAGCAUCUCAAUACUCUUAAGAAACUAUUCAAUUGGUUUAAUUGUUGUAGCAUUUAACUUAUUUGUUGGUUAUAGAUGA